AGCAUGUGUGUUUGUAUACAUAUAUCCGAUGUACAUAUAUAUUUAUAUAUAUAUUCAACGUGUAUAUAGAGGCUCUUAGUAUCGGCACGAAGUGUUAAUCACAGUCGCAGUAACUCUCUGUUCCUCCCGAAGCGUUGAUCGUGCGUGCCAUCCAGUCGACGAUCCUCGAUCGAACAUUUGUAACUUCUGCUCAACACUUUGUGUGCGUUAACGUGCGCGUCUCGCCAUCGCCCGGCUCGUCAACAAAGAACGUCAACAAAGAACGGGUUAUAUGCCGUGUCUAGGUUAUGUGUAGUAGGAUUCCAGCAGGACGGUGCAUGAAUUUUGUUGUUUAUUCUCGAAGUAACGAUGGAAUGCAUAGUAGCAAAUGUGGACAACAUGCAGUUUGACAUUGAAACUGCACUCGACGAACAGUACGGGGCUCUUCCGUUACCCUUCACUGGGAUGGACAAGUCGAUUGCCGCAGUGUGUCAAUUUUAUCCCAGAGGCACUUGCGUUAAGGGAGCUUCGUGUCCAUUCAGACACGUACGUGGUGACCGCACAAUAGUUUGCAAACAUUGGCUGAGAGGUCUUUGUAAAAAGGGUGAUCAAUGUGAAUUCUUGCACGAAUACGACAUGACAAAAAUGCCAGAGUGUUAUUUUUAUUCCAGAUUCAAUGCAUGCCACAAUAAAGAAUGUCCAUUUUUACACAUUGACCCUGAGACUAAAGUCAGAGAUUGCCCAUGGUACGACCGUGGUUUCUGUAGGCAUGGUCCCUUGUGUCGACAUCGUCAUGUCAGACGAGUUCUCUGCAUGGCUUACUUGGCUGGUUUUUGUCCAGAAGGACCAAAUUGCAAGUUCAUGCAUCCAAGAUUCGAAUUGCCAGCGGUGCAGGACAUGCAACCAAAGGAAGGCAAGAAGGUGAUGAUUACUUGUCACUUUUGUGGCGAGGGUGGUCACAAGGCGAUCUAUUGCAACAAAAUGCCGCCCGACGUACGAGAGGCUCAAGUCAGACAAGAGAUUGAGAAUAACUCUCACGCGUCGCAUCAUCAUAUGAGUAUGCACAACGGACCACCGUCUCAGCGAGGCCCACAGAAACCUUUGGAGGAAGUAACAUGUUACAAAUGUGGUCAAAAGGGCCAUUACGCCAACAAGUGUCCGAAAGGUCAUUUAGCUUUCCUGAGUCACGUGGGUGGCACAGGCGGUGGACAGAAUCCGAAUUACCGGAGAUGAUUCUCGUUCGUUUUUUAUUAUAUGUAUAAUAUGGACAUUGUAAUGAUAUUUCAUCUCACUACCAUCGUUAAUUGUAAAAAUUCCCCUAUGCUUCGUAUAAUAAACUAAAUUUAUCGUAUCA